AUGUUUAGGCUUUCUUUCUUUAUUUCAUUCAUUCAUUCAUUCAUUCAUUCAUUCUUUCUUUCUUUCUUUGCUUUCUUACAUGUUAACAUUUAUUUCUUGUUUUCUUUUUGCUUUUUUUUCUUCAAGUUAACGUUUUAUCUGUAUUUAUUUCCCUUGCUCUUCCCUAUUUAUUUUCUUCUUCCUUUUUCUCUUUCUUUUCUUUUUCUGUUUUCUUUCUUCCUCUUUUGCUCUCUCACAUGUUUUCUCUUUGACUUCCCUCUUUCACUUUCCUUAUUUUUUUUUAUUCCCCUUGCCAUCUUCUCUUCUUUCUUUAUUUCAACCAUUGUUUUCUUAAUCUGUCUUCUUUAUAUCCUUUUCUUUCUAUAUUUCCUUGUUUCUUUCUUUUCUUUUUUCCCUUUUGUAUUAUUGUCUCUUCCUUGCUUUCAUAAAUGUCUGUUUCUUUUCAUCCUCUUUAUAUUCUUAACCUUUCACCUUUUUUUUCUCUUUCUUCUCCCUCUUAUAAACAUCUCUCUACAUCGUCUCUAUAUCCUUACAGCCUUACUUAUUAAAUUUCUUUCUUUCUUUCAUUCUUUAUUCUUAGAUUUUUCCUUUCUUUUUUCUUUUUUCCUCCCCCUAUCUUUCUUUCCUUAUUCUUCCAUUUCUAUUUUAGAAAAUCUUUCUUUCUUUCUAAUAUGA